AAGGGGUAGUGAGAUAGGGACAAAGAAACCGGAAGAGCAAAGCCAAUAGAAUUCCCAUAUCCACAGGCUGAAAAAACUCAACCCAUCCAAAACAAUGGCUACUUCAUUCUCUCUCCCAAACCUCCUCUCCUUCCUCUUACCUUCCAAUCCUCCCCCACCACCACCGAAAGCCCCACCUCUCAACAGCCUUUCACUCUCUUCCCAAAAACCCAAAAUUAAUCUGCUCUCAGUGGCAGCUCAAGAGGAUCAAUCUUCUUCAUUAUCCACUGAAUUGUCAUCUGUUAUAUGCCCGUCUCUUGCAUAUGCAAAUACCCUUUUCUUCAAAUCAGGUUACAAUGUUCAGGUUAUUGUGGAUGAAGAUGAACCUGAAGAAAGGCUGCUUAACAGGUUCAGGAGAGAGGUCUUGAAAGCUGGUAUUAUUCAAGAGUGUAAGAGAAGGAAGUACCAUGAGAAUAAGCAAGAUAAGAAGAAACGUAAGUCACGCGAGGCUGCUAAGCGUAAUCGUCGAAGGCGUCCCCGGGCAAGAUUGUCACAAUCGAACAAGCAGGAACGAACUUCAACGAAGAGGGAUGAGGAUGAAGAAGAUAACUGGGAAAUGCCGGAUGAAGGCCUUCCCUAUUGACCACAUGUUGCCAUGCCUUUUAUUUACUAAUUUUCAUCUUUGAUUCUCUGGGGGCUUUUUUCUCUUGUGAGUUGCAUUAGGAUGAACCAUUUCACUUGAAUUGCCUUGUAAUUUUUUUACGCAUAUGCAGUAAAGAUUUUCCUUCCCUAAUUGAUUUGAAGGCAGUUUGUGUAUUACCAUUUUUUUCCGGAGCUAUAGGAGCGUAAUCGGUGUCAGAUAUAUGUGGAAGUUUGUGUUUAUUUAUGCUUUCCUUUUUCUUUUUCCUCAUUCCCUCAUUGAGUUGCAAAAGAGAUUGCAAAAUCUUAUUCUUAGGCAUGGCAAUGUCCUCUUCUCCAACUUUGAUGGUGUAUCACACAAUGAGAGAAAUAUAUUGGGGAUUGCUGCUUCAUAUCAGGAUAGGUUGGUCGGAAUUUGAAUAGAACAUACUCUGAAAAUCUGUUGAAAAUAUGAAGGCUAAAAAACUGAUCUCCAAGUCAGUUCUUGAAUUCUAUUUCUUGUAAAGAAUGGUGAUAGCGAAAAUCAUUUUCCCUUCACACAGUUGGCAGCAAUACAUAAGCAAUGUAAAAAUUAUGCCGGAUAAAGAAUUAGUCAAAUUGGUUAAAAUUUCAUCCCUGCUUGUCAAUGGUUGUAUCUGAGAGACUGAGACAUUAUAAAUGUGAAGGCUACAUUCAUUCAAAGCACAAAAAGACGUGUAUAUUCUGUUUCAUUAGUGCAAUUGUGCCAACGGCAAAAACUUCUUCAGGACAAUUAUGUAAAGUUACAAUCCAUACCAUGAUUGGCAGCAGGAGAACCUUUUCAAAUUUUCAUUACCUGUUUAGAAUGCCAAAAGUUUGAAUCUAUGUUGUCUUGUCUCUCCCAACAGUUAUUAAGGUCAGCACCAUUUUUGUUGGACACACCUCAAGAGCUUACAUGAGACAAAACCUGUCCGAAAGAAGCAAUCACCGUAUGCAUUUCUGUGGAGCUUACCAUGGUGAUCACUUCGAGCUAGCAUUAUUUGCAGACACUUAUCUGAAGUUUCUCCAGUUAUCAAGAACAAGGUUCAGAUCAUGGAUUUUGCUUGUCAAUGUUCUCACAGCAGUUUGCUUGUAUGGUAUUAUAUCUGACUCAAGUCACAAGGUUGACAAAGUCUACCAAAACUCACCUCAGUGAAAUAAUUAACCUUCAUUUCAAUGAGGUCAAUGUAGUUAUCAUUUCCAAUAGUUUUGCUGAGGGAUUGGUGUUCAGAAUCAGGAUUCAAAACCCUCUGUACCUUACAGUUUUAUAUGAACUCACAAGUUUUUUCAUCGACUUUGAUGUGAAAGAAUCCUCCAUGUCCUUUGAUUCCAAGGUUUCACCAACAAUCACAACAACAACAAAUUAAGCCUCUUAUCCCGUUAACUCUGGGAUUAAUUGUAUAAAAGACUAAAGGAGAGUCAUGUUAGCCUUUAGUUUCAAAUCUUCUUGCAUCACUCAUUUCUAUCCGCAACAACCUUUUCAUCUACUUUUGGACCUUCAUAUCAAUUUUAAUUCCUUGCAUCCAUGAAUUUCGUGGUCUGCCCCUAAAAGUUUUGCAUUUCCUAAAUCCAGAAGCUCACAUCUCUUAACUGGUGCA